AUUCUUAAUAAAAUCUUGCAAAAUGCGGGAGGCAUUUAUAUCAAUUCUUGCUGUUUUGGCGUGUACGGGGCCGACGCGGGCUUCCGAAAUUGGCAAGAACGUUAACUUUUAUAAAGAUUACUUGCGUGCGCGCAGCGAUGACACUAUACUGGAGGGACCAGCAGCCGGCGAGCGAAUGCUGUAUUUCUAUCGGACGCCAGUUCAACUGUACCCAGGGCUGUUGCCGGCCAUCGAGCAGGAGUAUAGGAAGAGAACGGGAAAUGCCUUCAAAAAUCACAUGUUGAGCAAGGAGCCAUGGGACGGCGUUCCGGGCAAAAGAAGUUCUAAGGCUGCUCUCGCACUAAUGCUGCAAGGGAAACCAUUGCCUUAUUACGCACUGGAUAAUACACAAGAAGCUAACGUGGAAAUACCUACUGAUUAGAUAAGAUUUUAGUUUAAUGUGUGAUGGCAUGUAGUACCUAAAAUAAAAUAUGACUUGGAAAAUUACACAAAAUAAUUUACUUAUUAGUGAUUUUUGUCUGUCAUUGAUUUCUAAAGAUACUGUUUUUUUUAAUCUGAGUUCAAAAUUUGCCUAACCAACUUCUGUCAUUUAGUAAACAUAGGUUUCAUAUUUUUUAAAUUUAAGUAGUAGGUAUGUUGAAAUAUGAAUAAUUUAAAUUGAUAUUUCAUUAUAAGUAUAACAAUAUAAAUCAUUUUGUUUAAAAAUAUACUUUUAA